AUGGAGGGGGUGCAUGAACAAAGGAUUCAUGGACCAAUCUAUUACAACUUCAAACAGCGAUUUUCUUCCCGCCAAAAGUCAGUGACGGUGGAAUAUGAGCAAAGAGCAGCGGUAGUAGCUUCUUUUCGCACCGGGAAGAAGCCUGCGGAAAUGAUGGCCUGGACCGACGAGUUAGUCGCCGCCGUCAAGGAGACAAUCGACAAUGAUGGAAGCCAGAGCUACGCAAAGAUCGCCGCUGACAUGGGCUGUCACAAGUCGACGAUCUGCCUAACGAUCAAGAAGGACAUUGGUUACUCCUCUUAUCGCAAGUCACACCGCAUGCUCAUCACGAAUGCCUCCAAGGAGUCGAGGAAGAUCAAGGCGGCGGCUUUGCUGAACGAGCUCAAGCAUGGGUCGGCCAGGAUGCUGAGGUUCUUCUCUGAUGAAAAGAAUUUCAUCCAGGAUCAGACAAGCAACAGGCAGAACGACAGCUGGAUCAGCAAAGACAUCGAGAAGGUUCCCGUUGUGAAGCAUACGAACGAGUGGGACGUCAUGCCUCCGUUCUUCUUUCAAAAGGACCUGAGAAUCACCGCUGAGAUCUACCAGGAGAUGCUGAGGAGCGUGGUGAAGUCCUGGAUGCCCCUACAUCUUCCAGCACGACCCGGGCGUGGCUGCUCAACAAUGUUCCUCACCACAGGCCGCCGAACUUGUGGCCGCCCUCGUCACCCGACUGUAACCCCCUUCACUAUUUCUUCAGGGGCGUGA